AUGCGCCUCUUUCGAGGCAAUUCUCCCAAAGAGGCUGCUGAGUCCCAUGAUCCGGUCGCUGCCCAAAGUGCUCCGCCCAACAAUCCCGACUUCACCGAUGUCGACCUUUCCCAGACACCAAACAGGACCUUGAGUCCCUCCAGUGAAAAGGAGACAGUCAUCUCUGAUGAUUUUACCAGAAAUACAAGUUUCAGUGAUGCGGCGAAUCCAGAAGGCAAAAUCACCCCCUCACCCGCGCCUUCUCCUCGGCUGAGUAGCGGACCAAACGAGCCUGCCAAAGAGGACAAGGAGCUUUUGACAAACCAUGGACACAAAACAGAUUCCACAAAGGAGAAGGAGGGCGGCCGUGAUGUCGAACUCAAUGAAUCUGGAGAGGAAUACCCGAGAGCCUGGAAACUGACCUUGAUCACCAUUGCCCUGUGUCUUUGUGUCUUCUGCGUCGCAUUGGAUAACACAAUCAUCGCAACUGCAAUCCCCAGGAUUACCGAUGAGUUCCAUUCCAUCGAAGAUGUGGGCUGGUACGGCAGUGCAUAUCUUUUGACGACUAGCGCGGUGACUCUGACAUUCGGAAAACUGUACACGUUCCUCUCAAUCAAGUGGGUCUACUUGGCUGCGCUGUUUGUCUUUGAACUCGGUUCGCUUGUUUGCGCAACAGCCCCCAAUUCAGUCGCGCUCAUCAUUGGCCGCGCCAUUGCUGGAAUUGGGUCUGCCGGUCUCGUCACAGGUUCUAUCCUCAUUAUCAGCAAAAGUGUUCCUCUAUCGAAGAGACCAAUCUAUACAAGUCUGGUCGGAGCUAUGUUUGGUGUUGCGAAUGUCGCCGGUCCACUUAUGGGAGGUGCUUUCACCGACCACCUUACCUGGCGCUGGUGUUUCUAUAUCAACUUGCCCGUUGGAGGUGCGUCCUGGCUCUUUGUGCUGGUCUUUUUCCAGAGCCCGAAGAUCGUCGUGGUCACCAGAGGUUUCAAGGAACAGAUUAAAGAGUUGGAUCUAAUUGGAACAUUCUUUUUCCUGCCUGCCAUUAUUAGCUUGCUUCUUGCUCUUCAAUGGGGUGGCAGCAAGUAUCCAUGGAGCAAUGGACGCGUCAUUGCACUCUUUGUUGUCUUUGGUGUGCUCAUACUUCUGUUCUGUAUGGUUCAAUGGUGGGCUCAGGAAAAGGCUACUGUCCCUCCUCGUAUCAUCAAGAACCGCAGCGUCUGGGGGGCUGUGUGGUUCGCCUUGACACUUGGCUCUGCAUUCUUCGUUUUUGUAUACUAUCUUCCUAUUUGGUUCCAAUCUGUCAAGAGCGCAUCAGCAACAACAUCCGGUAUCAUGAACUUGCCAUUAAUCAUUGCUGUGGUGAUUAUCUCCGUCCUAUCUGGCGUCCUCGUCACCGUAUGCGGGUACUACACACCUUUCAUGAUCGCCUCAUCCAUUAUCAUGUCCAUCGGUGCAGGCCUCCUUACAACAUUCAAGGUGGAUUCUGGUCAUUCAAUUUGGAUUGGAUACCAAGCUAUUCUUGGUAUUGGUAUUGGCAUGGGUAUGCAACAGCCGAUGAUUGUUGCCCAAACCGCGCUCAAGGCCGAAGACGUCCCCGUCGGCCUUGCGAUAGUGAUCUUCUCCCAGACUCUGGGUGGUGCAAUCUUCAUUUCCGUCGCGCAGAAUGUGUUCCAGAACCAGCUUAUUGCCAACCUUGCCGAGUACGCGCCUUCUCAGAAUGCUGGGGAAGUCAUCGCGGCGGGCGCUACCAUGAUUCGAUCGUUCUUCCAUGGCGAGGUGCUGCACAGCAUCUUACUUGCUUACAAUGAUGCUAUCACUCAAACCUUUUAUGUUGCUGUGGCCAUGUCUGCUUUGUCGAUUAUUGGGUCAAUCUCCAUCGAGUGGCUCUCUGUCAAGGGCAAGAACAUUGAAAUGACAGCUGCCUAG